AAUCCCUCAAGCAAACCAAACCUAGUUCCUCUCCUUUCUUGUUCUCUCAUUUCUUUAUUUCCUUUCUUUCUUUCUUUCUGGAACUGCUUGGCCUGCAUGAUAUAGCAGAACCAUAUAUAUAACAAGGCCGGCAUCAAAAAGGUAAAAGUGGAUCGGAAACAUGGGAAGAGGCCCCUUCUUUCCAAUGAAGAGGAGGAGAAAGAGGAGGAUCACAUCUUCCCUAUCUACUCGGCUCGAUCACAACAAGACAUGUCUGUCAUGGUUUCGGCCUUGGCUCAAGUUAUUAGUAACAGAGGCCAAAACCCAGUUCAGGUGCAUGGAAACCCAUUAAUCACAUCUCAAUCCAGCACGAGGGAACAGGAUGAUCAGUCUCAACCCACACUAGAUCAGGGGAACGUGAGGAGGAGACAUUAUAGAGGAGUAAGGCAAAGACCAUGGGGCAAAUGGGCAGCCGAAAUUCGUGACCCCAAGAAGGCAGCCAGAGUUUGGCUCGGCACUUUCGACACAGCUGAGGCUGCAGCUCUUGCUUACGAUGAAGCAGCUCUCAGGUUCAAAGGAAGCAAAGCUAAGCUUAACUUCCCCGAAAGAGUUCAAGGGAGGAAUGAAAUAGGUUACCUUACAACUCGUCAUCAAGACAUUCAUUUGGCGACUGAACAAGUACCGAUAGUUCAUAUGCAUGCUCCUAGUCAAUCUCUUUCUCAAGAAACAUAUCCCAAUCUGUUUCAAUAUGCACAACUUCUUCAGAGUGGAGAUAAUAACUUGAAUUAUGCUGUUCUGCCUAGUCAAUACGGGCCGGAAAGAUUUGCUUCGCAGACUUCAUCAACUUCGUCUUCGUCAUCAUCUUCCAUACCAUCUCAACAACUACAACAUCACGAUCAGUUUCUAAGAUUUGCGGCGCGAUUUGGAAGUUCUUCUUCUUCUAGUUCUGAUCCUGAUCAUCAUACGAACAGGAGACUUUGACACCGGGCCGAACUCAAGAGGUUAGUACAGAAAAGUUAGUUUAAGGAUUAAGGUAAACCCAAAACAAAUUAACUAUAGGGGCUAUGUUAUGUCUUUUCCCAUAUUUCUUUGAUUAAAUAUUUCUUAUGAAACUUUCAAGGAAAGUGUAAUCAAGAAGUGUUUGAUGAAAUUUUGGAAGCAUAAAGAGUGGUGCAUUUUCA